UAGGAUCCCUGGAGUGACCAUGGGGACCGGCGGGCGCAGGGGGACGCGGUCCUGGAAGGGCACCGAGGCCGCAGCGGCGGCUUCCUCCGCUUGCCUGUACCGUUGUAUCGAGUGCAACAGGGAGGCCCGGGAGCUGUACCGGGACUACAGCCACGGCGUGCUCAAGAUAACCAUCUGCAAAUCCUGCCAGAAACCAGUAGACAAGUAUAUUGAGCACGACCCUGUCAUCAUCUUGAUUAAUGCCAUUUUAUGCAAAGCGCAGGCCUAUAGGCAUAUUCUUUUCAACACUAAAAUAAAUAUCCACGGGAAGCUCUGCAUGUGCUUGCUGUGUGAGGCGUACCUGAGGUUGCAGCUGCAGGACUCAAACCAGAGCACAGCCCCCGAUGACCUGAUCCGAUACGCCAAGGAGUGGGACUUCUACAGGAUGUUUGUGGUCGCGUCUUUCGAACAAGCUGCCUUUUUUACUGGCAUUUUUGCUUUCCUGUGGGUGGAGCAACCCAAGACAGCAAAAAAAGCACCGGACUUUGUUCUCCUGCUGAAAGCGCUGCUGCUGUCCAGCUACGGGAAGCUGCUGCUGAUCCCGGCGGUCAUCUGGGAGCACGACUACACGCCGCUGUGCCUCAGGCUCAUUAAGGUGUUCGUCCUGACCUCGAACUUCCAGGCCGUCAGAGUGACUCUGAACACCAGCCGCAGACUCUCACUGUUGGCCGUGCUGAGCGGCUUGAUGCUGGAGAGCGUCAUGGUCCAUGUCUUCCAGAGGAUGGAGUGGGACGUGGGCAGUGACUGUGCCGUCUACAAGUCUCAGGACUUCUGAAGCUUUAUUCUCCACUCUCUGUGGCGGGACCAUCUACCUCAAAAGAGAAACCAAGGUUCCUGCUUUGUGUGAGUGAAGCCAAGACUGGGGAUUUCUGAGCAUAACUGGACCCGCGGAAGACCUGAAGCACCCAGACACAAGGCUAAGGGCCCUGCAGUCACA